AUGACGACUUGCUCUCAAGCGAUCAAGAACUGGGAGGCGAAGAAUGAGGCCUCAGCUGAGGAAGCCACCGUAGUGAAGCUGUAUUGCCAGAUGCCUCCUAUCGCCAAGCUUGACAACUCCCUGAACUCCCUCAAGAACUGCGAGCAAUUAUCGCUGUCUACAAAUUGCAUCGAUCGCAUCAUUCCUUUGGCGGGAAUGAAGAAGCUAAAGAUCUUGUCGUUGGGGCGCAACUGUAUCAAGAAGAUUGAAAAGCUCGACGAUGUUGCGGAAUCGUUGGAGGAGCUGUGGAUCUCGUACAACCAGGUCACCACCUUGGAUGGGCUCUCCAACCUGUCAAACCUGACGCGAUUGUACAUGUCCAACAACAGCGUCAAGAGUUGGGCGGAACUGGACAAAUUGACGGGCUUGGAGGAGCUGACGGAUGUGCUGUUCAUGGGGAACCCCAUUUACGAAGGCAUGUCCAAGGAAGACGCCAGAAUAGAAGUGUUGCGACACAUUCCCCAAGUCAGCAAGAUCGACGGAGACAUGGUCAAGCCAACGGAGAGAGACGCGGCUAAUCCUGAGGCAGUGGCAGCAUGA